AUGGCCUCCAAAUGGACAAGCAACAUUCCAUUGGCUGCCAACAUUAUCUCACGAGUGCCUCUCCUGGUCAUUCCUGCGGCAGUCAUCAGUCUUGCUUCUUCCGUCCAACAUCCAAUCAACCCCUGCAAGAUGGCCAGCUUUCCAUUUGUAGAAAACGUGGACGACACAUUGAUACCACAAGACUGCAUCCAGGCAUUGCAAGCGGGUAUUGAUUCCUUCCCCGAGGAAAAGCGAGCCGCAAUGCAAAUGAUGUUUUCUCCAUUCUGA